AUGGUGCAGACAGCGAGCAGCGGGGAGGCCGGGGCCGGGGAGCGGAGGCUGAGGGUGGGUUUUGUGGGGAUGGACGGGGCCGAGGCCGCCUGCUCCCGGGACGGGGCGCUGCUGAUCGCCGCGGGCCCCGAGGGCUCAGGCCGGGGCGGCCUCCUGUGCAGGCCCCGCUCAGCCAGAGCCCCCAAGAGGAACGCUUUCUACCGCAAACUGCAGAACUUCCUCUACAACGUGUUGGAGAGACCCCGCGGCUGGGCUUUCGUUUACCACGCGUAUGUGUUUUUGCUGGUGUUCUCCUGCCUGGUGCUCUCUGUCUUCUCCACCAUCAAACAGUAUGAGAAGAGCUCCGAGGGAGCCCUCUACAUCCUGGAGAUUGUGACUAUCGUGGUGUUCGGGGUGGAGUACCUGGUGCGGAUCUGGUCGGCCGGCUGUUGCUGCCGGUACCGGGGAUGGCGCGGGCGGCUGAAGUUUGCACGGAAACCGUUCUGUGUGAUCGACGUCAUGGUCCUGACUGCUUCCAUCGCGGUGCUGGCGGCCGGCACUCAGGGCAAUGUGUUCGCCACAUCCGCUCUGAGGAGUUUGCGAUUUCUACAGAUUUUACGGAUGAUCCGCAUGGACCGACGUGGCGGCACCUGGAAACUACUGGGGUCCGUGGUGUACGCUCACAGCAAGGAGCUCAUCACUGCCUGGUACAUUGGCUUCCUGUGCCUGAUCCUCACCUCGUUCCUGGUGUAUCUUGCAGAGAAAGACGAUAACAAAGAGUUUGAUACCUACGCAGAUGCUCUGUGGUGGGGUCUGGUGAGUGUCUUUGGUGCCUGAAUCACAAUGAAGACAAUAAUAAGUCCUGUAAC